AUGGCGCGUUCAAAAGAUGAUAGGCAUUUGUACAAAAUCUGCAUAUUCCUUCUAAUUGACGUGUCAAAUAAUUCCAACUCUGAUUCACGCCUCUUCUAUCUAUCUAUCUAUCUAUCUAUCUAUCUAUCUAUCUAUCUAUCUAUCUAUCUAUCUCUGCUCAUAUCUAUCUAUCUAUCUAUCUAUCUUCUCUAUCAGACUGUUUAUAUCUAUGUAUAUAUGUAUGUAUGUAUCUAUCUAUUUGAACCUGUUCAUAUCUAUCUAUCUAUCUAUCUAUCUAUCUAUCUAUCUAUCUAUCUAUCUGAAUCUGCUCAUAUUCUAUCUAUCUAUUUAUUUGGAUCUGUUCAUAUCUAUCUAUCUAUCUAUCUAUCUAUCUAUCUAUAUUUGGAUCUGUUCAUAUCUAUCUAUCUAUCUAUCUAUCUAUCUAUCUAUCUAUCUGAGUCUGUUCAUAUCUAUCUAUCUAUCUAUCUAUCAAGACUCAGAUCAAACCAAAUAUGGAAUUCUUUCCAUUCUCUUUUUUAUUUCUUUUCAUUCCAGCACUUAAAAAAAAAAUACCCAUCUACAUUCUUUUAUUUUAUAUACCCCGUUGGACACCUAAUCGAAUUACCUCCCUUUCAACCUAAGAACUCUUUACUCUGA